CAGGGCCCGGCACUUUCUUGGAAGUCCCUGGAUUAGGCUCUGAAGCCAGGACUGACGUCCCCCAUCCCAUUCCUUCGGAGUCAACUUCCAGCCCAGAGACCAUGUCUGACCUGCAGCUCGCCGGGGGCCAGCAGUGGGGUCUUUGGGGGCUGCUUCUGGGCAUGCUAUGUACCUGGUGCCUGGGAGCCCCCUCUCCAUCCCCAAGCCCUGCAGCGAGCACUGGUAGCAAGCUUCGUUUCCGCCUAGCUGGUUUUCCUCGGAAGCACUAUGAGGGCCGCGUGGAAAUACAGCGGGCUGGCGAGUGGGGUACCAUCUGUGAUGAUGACUUCACGCUGCAAGCAGCUCAUGUGCUGUGCCGGGAGCUGGGCUUUACCGAAGCCACGGGGUGGGCCCACAGUGCCAAGUAUGGCGCAGGCACAGGCCGAAUCUGGCUGGACAACCUGAACUGCAGAGGGACGGAGCAAAGCAUUACAGAGUGUGCCUCUCGGGGCUGGGGCAACAGCGACUGCACCCAUGAUGAGGAUGCUGGUGUCAUAUGCAAGGACCAGCGCCUUCCUGGCUUCUCCGAUUCCAACAUCAUAGAGGUGGAGGAGCAGCAUCUGCAGGUGGAAGAGGUUCGUCUGAAGUCAGCUGUGGGUGGGGGCCGGCGGCCCCUGCCUGUCACGGAGGGGCUGGUGGAGGUCCGGCUCCCUGGGGGGUGGGCCCAGGUGUGUGACGGCGGAUGGAGCGCCCAUAACAGCCGAGUGAUCUGCGGGAUGCUGGGCUUCCCCAGCGAGCGCAGGGUGAAUGCUGCCUUCUACAGGCUGCUGGCCCAGCGCCAACGUCACUCCUUUGGCCUGCAUGGAGUGGCAUGUGUGGGCACUGAGGCUCACCUCUCCCUCUGCCCCCUGGAAUUCUAUCGUGGCAAUGACACUGCCCGGUGCCCAGGCGGGGCACCCGCCGUGGUGAGCUGUGUGCCAGGCUCUCUUUAUGCCACAUCCAGUGGCCAGAGAAAGAAGCAAUCAUCGACACAACCUCGGGGAGAGCCUCGGCUUCGUCUGAAAGGUGGAGCACGGUCGGGUGAGGGCCGGGUAGAGGUCUUGAAGGGCAGUGAGUGGGGCACAGUCUGUGACCACAAGUGGGACCUCCUGUCAGCCAGUGUUCUGUGCCGGGAAUUGGGCUUUGGGAGUGCCCGUGAGGCCCUGAGCGGUGCCCGAAUGGGACAGGGUAUGGGUCCCAUCCACCUGAGUGAGGUGCGCUGCUCAGGUCGGGAAGCUUCCCUUUGGAGCUGCCCCUACAAGAACAUCACUGCUGAGGACUGUUCCCAUGCCCAGGAUGCCGCUGUCCGCUGCAACCUGCCUUACACCGGGGUUGAGACCAUGAUCCGGCUAAGUGGGGGCCGCAGCCGUUAUGAGGGACGAGUGGAGGUGCAGGUAGGGGGGCCUGGCUCCCCCCGCUGGGGCCUUAUCUGUGGAGAUGACUGGGGAACACUGGAAGCCAUGGUGGCCUGUCGGCAACUUGGUCUGGGCUACGCCAGCCAUGGCCUACAGGAGACAUGGUACUGGGAUUCGGGGAAUGUCACCGAUGUGGUACUGAGUGGAGUUCGCUGUACAGGUUCUGAGCUGUCCCUAGGAGAAUGUGCCCACCAUGGCACCCCUAUCGCUUGCAAGAGGACAGGCACACGCUUCGCUGCUGGUGUCAUCUGUUCUGAGACUGCAUCAGACUUGAUACUUCACUCAGCACUGGUGCAGGAAACUGCUUACAUUGAGGACCGACCACUACAUAUGUUGUACUGUGCAGCAGAGGAAAACUGUCUGGCUCGCUCUGCCCGGGCAGCCAACUGGCCCUAUGGCCACCGGCGAUUACUCCGCUUCUCCUCCCAGAUUCAUAACCUUGGCAGAGCAGACUUCAGGCCCAAGGCUGGGCGACACUCCUGGGUGUGGCAUGAAUGCCAUGGGCACUACCACAGCAUGGACAUCUUUACUCACUAUGACAUCCUGACACCCAAUGGCACCAAGGUGGCAGAGGGUCACAAGGCCAGUUUCUGUCUGGAGGACACCGAAUGUCAAGAGGACGUCUCCAAGCGGUAUGAGUGUGCCAACUUUGGGGAACAGGGCAUCACUGUGGGCUGCUGGGAUCUUUACCGGCAUGACAUUGACUGCCAGUGGAUCGACAUCACAGAUGUGAAACCAGGAAACUAUAUCCUGCAGGUGGUCAUUAACCCCAACUAUGAAGUGGCGGAGAGUGACUUCACCAACAAUGCGAUGAAAUGUAACUGCAAAUACGAUGGACACCGCAUCUGGGUGCACAACUGCCACAUUGGCGAUGCUUUCGGUGAAGAGGCCAACAGGAGAUUUGAACGCUACCCUGGCCAGGCCAACAACCAGAUUGUCUAAGGCUCCUGAUCUGCCUGCUACCUGGCUCCCCGGACCUCCCCACCCUCAGGGCACUACUGGAGCCAGACUUCGGCUUCAGCUAAACAGUCUGGUGCAUGGAUUGGGAAGGAGGAUUGCCCAUGCUUCCACAACUGGACUGGAGCAGAGAGAGCAGCUCCCCACCAUGCACAGCGUUGUCCUGGGGACACAGUCAAGACCUCCAGUCUUUUGGUUUUGGGGAGGAAUCCAUCCUACUCCCCUCACUCUUGGCUACAACAUGUCACUAGUUAAAAUUUAUUUUAUUUUAAUUUUA